GUAUUGAAAAAACACGCCAAAAGUAAUAGUCUUAAUUAUGUAAUAUCUAAUAAUUUUUCUGUAACUCAAUCGUUUGUAGUUGUGCAGUGGAACUGAAAGAACGCGAUCGUCACCUUGAUCGAGGCGAGCACAAAAAAGUUUGAAAGUGAAUUUGUCGUACAAAGAAAGGCGUGCGAAAAUGGCGAAUUACAGCGGUUAUUGGAGAGGUUACAAUGGUGGUUAUGGCGAUAAUAUUUCGAAUUUUAGAUCUUCUGAUAAAGAUAAAAGAGACAGACAUGAUGGUGCACCACCGCAUAGUAGACUUUUCAUACUUUGCGACAAACAAACAACUGAAGAGGAAAUUCGUGAAGCAUUUGAAAAGUUUGGCAACAUUGAAGAUAUUUGGGUUGUGAAAGACCGAGCAACUAAUAAGCCUAAAGGUGUAACCUAUGUGAGGUUCUCUAAGACAUCAGAGGCAGCAUUAGCUAUGGAAACGAUGGAUGGCCAACGUUUGCGAAAAUAUCACAUGCCAAUGAAGGUAAGAAUAGCUCACAAUAGGGAAGAUGGUAGUAGAAAAGAACCCAAUGAAGAGGAGCGUGUGUUACGUCUGUUUGUCAUGGUUCCAAAAACAUAUACAGAGGAUGACUUGAAAAAAGACUUUGAACAGUAUGGUGAAUUAGACCGUGUGAAUAUUGUGAGAGAUCACAGUACAGGGGAGAGUAAAGGGUUUGGAUAUGUCAAAUAUUUGAAAAUGUCUUCAGCAGCAAAUGCUUUUGAGAAUUGCCCAAAAACUUUUAAGGCCAAGUUUGCUGACCCAAAGCCAUCUAGUCAUUCUCAGAGAGAUAGGAAUGUUCCUCAAGGAAUGGGAGCAUGGGGCUUUGAUGGUUCACAAGGAGCACCACCACCACCACCUCCUCAAACAGGACCUUUAAUGAGACAGUAUCCAGGGAUGUUAAACACUGGGUAUGAUAACACUCCUCGCAUUCCUACCAAAUCUGAUGAUAUGCUAAGAGUCAACGUGGCAGUUCCGCAGACAGCAAGCUAUGAACAACUGUAUCACCUUUUUGACCUAAUUCCUGGGCUGGAACGUUGUGAUGUGAAUGUUGGUUUGGCUAGCUUGAAGUUUAAUAAUUCUGAAGCCGCUACAUGGGCAAGACAGAAAAUAUGUCGCAUAGAAUACCCACCAGGUUUUUUGUUGCAAAUUAUUGAUAUACCAAGUGGUGGAGGAAUGAAAGCUGAUCCAGCACUUGCCUCAGCUCCAGCUGGACAACUUACAAACCAUAUUGCUAGUUUGAUGGAAAAAAUUUCAGAGGCAACAAAUGUACUGAAGAAUGUUGGUUUUCAUGUAAAUAACUCCGCAGGUAUUGCACAAACUAAUGGGAACAGCAUGCAGGAACCUGGAGGAUUGCCUCCCCCUCAACCUAUGGCCAAACCUGGUAGUGAGAUGAAAGAACGAUUGUUUAUUGUCAUGCCUGAUCGACUGCCAACCAAAAUGUUGGAGAACCUGUUCUGUCGAUUUGGAAAUUUAAUGGAAAUUUAUCUCCUUCCUGGGAAAAACUGUGGAUUUGCAAAAUUUUCAGACAAGCAAUCAGCACUUCAAGCUAUGCAGACUUUACACGGUUUUGAGAUCGCAGGAGGCAGGAUCAGAAUAGAUAUUGCAAAUCCCGAAAAAGGCGAUCGAGACAAAAAACGCUCACUGCAACAGGAUGAUGGAGACACCUUUACCAAACAGUCACGUAAUGAUUCGGCCUAGCCCGAAGUAAAGGCUUGACAGAAUAAGGUGAUAACAGCUUACCUUUGUGACACACUCUGGGCUUUAAACAUCAAGUAUCGUGAUACUAUUACCUUACCGUACUGUAGACGUAUUGACAUCGGAAACACUGUAUAGUUCAAAGUCGGAGCAUACCACUACCAAGGGACUGUUCUUAGACAAAGAGCUGACGUAGUUGAAUGUUUCAUGCUAUUAAGUGUGACAAGUGCAGACAGACAGAAAAAAACAGAUCUGAAUUUCAGGCAGUGCUGUCUCUCUAGUUUAGGCUUCACUACACAAAACUGUUUUUGAUUCCUUGACAUUAUUUCUUCAGUUAGGGUUAACUGUAUAAGAGUAGCAUACUAUGCUAGAAAAUGUGAACGUGGCAGUUUUAUUCUGACUGUUAAAGAUGAAGACUGAAGUAUUGUCACUAAUCAAUAAUGUGAUAAUAGUGUAGCCUAAACUAGAGUAGUAGCAAGUUUUGUCUGCAUUGCUUUGUUCGUCGUUUCAUCUUUUUAACUUUUAAAUAUUCAGCUUUUGUUGUAUAUAAUUUUAUCUAUCAUAUAUGCCAUGGUGUUGUGUAUGAAAAUUUCUGAAAAUAAAAGCCCA